AUGUCAGGUCCAACGGAGCCGAAGAAUUCAGGGGUUCUGAACCAAGAAGGGGUUAUCUCAAGGCCUGAAGGCACAGAUUCUGAGCCGAAACCUGUCACCGAAACCAUAUCCAAAACAGAGAAAAAUGACUCUAUGGCUGGUAGAGUUCAUCAUGGACACAGCGAAAUGUCUCAAUUUCAACCAUUCACGAGCCUUACAGACCAGAAGAAAGCGGGAGAGAGGGAGUAUGGCUAUGACCAGGGGCAUCCGGUUCCAGAGAAUCGGUAUAACGAGGAUCACAGUUUUAUGGAGAGGAAGCCUGGAAAAAAGUCAUACUUUAGCGAACUCAUGGAGAAUUUCCGCUAUGGCUAA